AUGGAAGGUUCAGGAAGUCCCUUCUUUCCCCCUGCAGGCCACCACCACCACCACCAACAACCCGCAAGCUCCGGUGGUUUGAAUCUCUCGGGCGCAGCGAACCCUGCCGGACACGGCGGAGCUCCGGUCAACUCAGACCAGGAUCAGCAGCAGCAGCAGCCCGCGCAGCGCUCGGUGAUGAGAGAACAGGACCAGUACAUGCCGAUCGCAAACGUUAUCAGAAUCAUGCGUCGGGUCCUUCCGUCGCAUGCUAAGAUCUCCGACGAAGCCAAAGAGACGGUCCAGGAGUGUGUCUCCGAGUACAUAAGCUUCAUCACCAGCGAGGCCAACCAGCGUUGCCGGCAGGAGCAGCGCAAGACGGUGACGGCGGACGACGUGCUUUGGGCUAUGGAGAAGCUGGGCUUCGACGACUACGUCGGGCCUCUUCACUCUACCUCCAUCGUUACCGUAAUGGUGGCGGUGGUUCCGGUAGUUCCAGUGGCCACUAUGUCCCACGGGGACAGCAAGUGCAGGCUUCGGAGCUCGCACCAAUAA